GCGCUUCCCCGCGCCAGCGAGCCAGCGAGCGAGCGGGCGAGGCCAGCGCGGGGGCCGGGCCGCUUCCUUCUCGCCACCGCGGCGUCCUGGGGCGGGCUCCGGCCGCGAUGGCAGAGGCUGAGCGGGGCUGAGCCCGCAGCCGCCCGCAGCCCUCGGGCCCCCUUGAGUCCCUGCCAUGGCGAAACAGUACGAUGUGCUAUUUCGGCUACUGCUGAUCGGGGACUCCGGGGUGGGCAAGACCUGCCUGCUAUGCCGCUUCACCGACAACGAGUUCCACUCCUCGCAUAUCUCUACCAUCGGUGUUGACUUUAAGAUGAAGACCAUCGAAGUAGACGGUGUCAAAGUGCGGAUCCAGAUCUGGGACACAGCAGGGCAGGAGAGAUACCAGACUAUCACAAAGCAGUACUAUCGGCGAGCCCAGGGAAUAUUUUUAGUCUACGACAUUAGCAGUGAGCGCUCUUAUCAGCACAUCAUGAAGUGGGUCAGUGACGUGGAUGAGUAUGCUCCAGAAGGAGUCCAGAAGAUUCUCAUAGGGAAUAAGGCUGAUGAAGAGCAGAAACGGCAGGUGGGGAGAGAGCAAGGGCAGCAGCUGGCUAAGGAGUAUGGCAUGGACUUUUACGAAACAAGUGCCUGCACCAACCUUAACAUUAAAGAGUCCUUCACGCGUCUGACGGAGCUGGUGCUGCAGGCCCACAGGAAAGAGCUGGAUGGUCUCCGAACAUGUGCGAGCAAUGAGCUCGCACUGGCAGAACUGGAGGAAGACGAAGGCAAACCUGAGGGCCCAGCAAACUCUUCAAAGACCUGCUGGUGCUGAGGGUCCUAUGUGGAAUCGCGCCCCGCCCCCCAACUCCCCUUCCCUCAGGAUGCCUGUGGAGGCAGGGAGUCUGGGCUUUGAGCACCACUGUCCUUUCAUUUGACGAUCCUGUUGAAAACCAGUAGCUGCUACUUCCCUGCCUGGCCCUGUGAGCAGCUCUGCUGUGGUCUCCGAGCAGCCUCUGCCCCUAGCCCCUCUAUCCUGGAGAGGUAACCUUUCAACCUGUCUCCCAGCCGCAGGCCUGCUGUGACCCCAAAAUGUGCUGCUGGCCAUCUCACCAGCCCAGACUCCUGGGACAAUGGUCAAGGCUGGAGUCAAGACCACUUAAAGACUCCUUUAGUGCAUCUCGUGGACUCUUUGCUUUUUCUCUUCUUUCUUCUCUUUCUCCACUCCCUUCCUGCCCUUGUCUUUUGCAUCCCUGUCAUUUACUCUCUCCUCCCUUGCCUGUGUGUCCUGCUGAGCACUGCUGAUGCAGUUCUUCUUCUUUCCUUCCUGAUUCUGCCUAAGGGAAUGGACCCAGGCUCUGCCCCAGGGAGGACGGCUCACCCUGCUCUAGGGUGGGCUGAAGGCUAAGGGUGCUUCUUCCUCCUCCCCUCCCCAAUGCCCCUCCUUGUGCCAUGGGCUGCCUCCCCAGUGGUCUGGGAAGGUAGAACACUGAGGUAGGAAGGAAACACUAGGUGGUCCUCAAACAUGGACUGGCUUCUUCUGCCUUUGCCUUCUGCUGGAGUUUUGGCCUUGUCUGCCUCCCUAUGUGCCUCUGUGAGGAACUGAGUCCAGAGGCGGGCACAGCAGAGAAGAAAAA